CAAUCAUAUAAAGGACUAAAUACCUUGGUAACCACACUCCCCGCCCCAACCGUCGCACCUUUUCCUAUUGUAACUCCGGGCAUAAUUAUCACAUUGCCCCCUAACCAACAAUCCUCUCCGAUAUGUAUCUCCUUCCCUGUCUCUGGGCCUUGGGUCCCGUUGCGCAGGGCUGGAUCCAAAGGAUGUGUCCCGCUGAACAGACUGACGUUGGGCCCGAACAGCGUCCUUGCCCCGAUGGUGACUUGA